AUGGAUAAUCCAGACACAAGCCACAAUACUUCACUUUCACGAGCAGCUAGUGAAGGGGAUUACGAAGGACUUUGUGAGCUUCUCUCUGCACCACACAAAAACGAUAAGAAUAUCCUUAAUCACUCUUUAUAUUUAGCCGUAUGCAAGUCUCAAUCCACAUCUGAUCACCUUCAUUGUGUAGAAGCUCUUUUAAAUUCCUCUGCAAAUCCGAGCUAUAAAGACUCAGGAGUAUCAUUACUUAUGCACGCUGCUAAAAUGGGACAAAUCCAAUUGGUAGAUUUGCUGAUCAGGUAUGGCGCUCCAGUAGAUGACAAAGACAACGAAAGCCGUACCCCUCUAAUGUAUGUUUGUGAAAGUGACUACGGAGACAACGUCGACGUAGUUGAGCUUCUUUUGAAUUGCAAAGCACAAGUAGACUCAAAAGAUAACAAUGAAAACACUGCUCUACACAAAUGUGCAGAAAGAGGGUAUGUGAAUUCUAUGAGGGCUUUAUUAGACAGUGCUGCAUUUUUUAAUGCACAAAAUAAAGAGAAGGAUACCCCUUUACAUCUUGCUGUGAGACUUGGCCAUGAACAAUGUGUGGAGCUGCUGCUGAAAUGGAAUGCAAAGACGGAUUUGAAAAAUUUGAAUGGGAAAACUCCAUAUGAAGAAGCAGCAGAAAAUUUGAAAAUAUUGUUUACGCCAAAUCCGGGGACACCUAUAACGAAAUCAGAUAUUAGCGAAAAUGAAGAGCCGCAUUCAGAAUCUAGUGGAUGCUAUGAAUCCAUGCCAGAAGAUAAAGAAAUUCAAUGCAGCAAUUGUAAUGCAAGGGCUGCAGAAAUAUGCAGAUUUUGCUAUGAUGAAAGUAUAGAAAAAAGCGAAAUUAAUGUGAAAAAGAUUGAAGAGCUGUAUGUAAAAAAUGUUGAAUUAGAAAACAUAGUUAAGAAGCUGCAGGCAGAUUUAGAAAAAAAAUCUGGAAAAAUUGAAAAAUUGAAAAAUAAAAAAGAACAACUCCAGCAAUCUUUAUUUGAUAAAGAAAAUGAGAUCAUUGAAGAAGCUGACAAAUGCAAAAAGGAUUGUGAAAACUCUGUCAUUCUUUUACAAGAUGAAUUAGAAAGCACAAAAGAACAAAUCUUGAAUUUAAAGCAUUCAUUAAAGAUAAUGAAUCAAGAAAAUGAAAUGCUAGUUCUCUCCCAUCUAAUGAGCGAGCCAAAAUAUGAAAAAAAAUCCUUUUUCACCACUUUUAAAUUUUUAUAUAUAGUUAACCAAUGCUGUAAAAAUCUCUAGCUGAGUUUAUUAAAUUUUAAGAGUACGUAAGAAAAACAGAUAAUUUAUAAAUUAACUAAUCAACUUACUUUCAAUUUUGCAAGUUGGAAUUUAAUAUUUAAAAAAACAUUAUAAUUAGCUUCAAAAAAUACUUUGCUCAUAUACAAAUGGAGAAUUAAGAGAUAAGCUUGAAGAAGAAGCUAAGAUACCAGAUAAAAAUGGGAAAAAGAAUAAAAGGAAGGUCGCAUUCCUUAGGAUAAAAAAUAUUCACCAUACACCAAAAGCAGAAAUAGUGAAUCUUCUGCAAGAUGAUAUCAUGAAUUUCAUGCAGGAGUGAGAAAGCUGGCAGCUAAGUCUCGAGCCCAUCUUCAAUGAUAUUUCCACAAAAAUCAGCGUUCUUGUUGAAAAAACAUUUCAAGGAGCCAAAUUAGAAUUGUAUGGAAGCUAUGUGACAAAGAUGCAUUUGCCUUCAAGUGAUAUUGAUAUGGUUGUGACACACGUUGAAGGUGACAAAAAAGAAAUUUUGAGACUUCUGGAUCAGGUUCUUCAAAGGCAACCAUAUGUAAAGAGCACUCAAUUAAUAUCUCUAGCAGUUGUACCAAUAAUAAAGCUUAAGUGCGAAUCAAGAGGAAAAACCAUAAAUAUGGACAUCACAGUUCAAGAUAUAAAACACACAGGCGUGCAGUGUUGCUCAUUCGUCAAUCGGGUGCAAGCAGCAUAUGGAAAUAUUAAACCCAUUUUCUUGAUAUUAAAGCAUCUAUUCUACCUCUGUGGAUGCAAAGAGCCUUACAACGGAGGAUUGAGCAGUUAUUCGUUGUUUUUGAUGGUUACUAGUUAUUUUCAAUCCCAAAAAGAAAAAUGAUUGAAGAGAAAUUCUAACACAAAAAAAAAUUUAGGAGAAAUAUUUUAUCAGAUUUUGAAAUUUUAUUCUGUUGAGUUUACGUAUAUUACCCCAAUAUUUUCUUAUGACCCCGAAAACCCAGUACAAAAUCCAUAUCCAUAUCCAACAGUAAAAGUAAUUUAGGAACAAUUCCCCAAGCUUAUAGUUGUUGAUCCAUUAAAUCAGCAAAAUAAUGUUGCUUAUAGCACAAGAGUUGAAAACAUGAUUCACAUAUUAAGGAUAGCCUAUAUGAAUAUGAAUCGAACAAUUCAGUGUGACUGUUCUGAGUCGCGGAGUCCUCUAUACAAGAUGUUUUUCGAUACUAAGCAAUAUCUCAAUUUUUAG